UGUGACUCACUUUUACAAAAUGGUGUGUACACUGUCAACUGUACGCGGGAUUGUACGAGGGGACUUUCGUUGAUUCAGGGAUCGUAUAAACAUAAAUGUGACAUCAGUGAAUCGGCUUCCCCAUGGCACAAGGAUAUCCGGUCGUAGUGGCCCAGCCUGGUGCGCAAGGCCAGCACGUCUUGGUACCCCAGAAGAGGAAGUGGUCAUCAAAACUGUGCGGCUGCUUUGAAGACGUAGGAACAUGUCUCUGCGGUACGUUUCUUGGUCCAUGCUUCAUGUGCCAGAUAGCUUCGAAGAUGGGUGAAAACUGUUGUGUUCCUAUGUGUGUGCCCAACGCCAUUAUCACAAUGAGAACAGCUCUGAGAGAGAGGCACAAUAUUGAGGGCAGUAUAAUGAGUGAUUGCUGCACAUCCACCUUCCUGGGCUCGCUUGUGGCGUGUCAACUUGCUCGUGAGCUCAAGCAUACCGGCGAAUGGCAGAUUAACUAAUUAUGUAGAAUACUGAACCUGUGAAAUAAACGUAUUUCAGCCCUAA